UGAUGUUGUGAAGUUGUAAAGUUUGAAUUUGUAAAAAAUAUACAUGGACCAUGGACAAAUCAAAUGUAAAUACUCCAAAUCCAAACUCGAAAACACCUUUUCGAACACUUGGACUGAGGCGUUCUGCUGUAAAGCAAGUUAAGGCAGAUGUGUCGGAAUCUGCUUGUUUAAAUGAUUUAAACGAAGUCGACGAUGAAUAUCUUCAAACUCCGCUGCAAAUGCGUCCAAUAAAAGGAACAUGUUCUGUCGGAGAUAGCGAUUCCGAUGAAAUGGAUAGGGCCACCGUUUCCACUCCAGCAAUAUCCGUUGAUAAGCAAUCUAGAUUGAAAAGAACUAGACUGUCGUUGAGUCAAAGCUGGAAAACUAAAGUUAUAAGUAAACCGAUGCGAAACUUUAAACGCCGCAAACUGUUAGAUGAGAUUGAAUCCAGUUCAAGCUCGAACUCUUUCACUCUGCCUGCUGACCACAUUGACUCCACGGCUGAUGAUGGAGCUAAAAAUAGGACAAAUAUUUCAGCAAUGUCACAAAAAAUAGCAGAUCUGGAAUCGAAUAUAAAGAUAUGGAAGAAGUGCUGUGCACAAGCUCUUAAGGAUCUUCUGGAAAAAAGUAGCUAUAAUACUAUGGAAUCGCUGCAGGACGUUUUGGGAAUACCGCAUAAUUUAAUAUAUUACGAUGACUCUGAACAGACAAUUGAUCCUGAUUAAAACGUUAUUGAAUAAUUUUAAUAUGAUAAGGAGUAUAAAAGUUUACCGCUUCUUACGUUUGUAUCAUUGGCAGUGUAAAAUAGGUGAGUUAUCUCGAAUAACAUAUACAUAAUUACGAAAUACUAUAUGGUAUAUGUAAAGACUUUCAUUUUUGAAGGAAUUUGACAAAUUUUGGUAAAUGCACCAAAUUAAUAAUUAAAUUAUAAAAUAAUUAAGAAAAAAUUGUUUAAACCUUAAAAAUAUUUUACUGACGAAUAUUUUUAUGAUUGUGUUUUGUCCAUUCCAAAGCUUGAAAAUUUAAACCAACUACAAGGUAUACAGCCCUAAGGGUUGUGCGAAACGGUGUCGUAGGAUUAUACCAGAUCAUUAUAGAUCAAAGACUAAUGUAAACUGCAUUUCUGACAUAUGUAUGUUAACAAGAAUUUGUGAGUGCCAUUGUUUAAGUGAAUGUUUAAAAGAGAAGAGCGAAAUAUUCAGAUUCAAUUCUUCAUUGUAUGCAAUGGUGGCUUUGAAAAUACGUGGACGGGGGAUUAUAAGUACAACGCCUGCAACCAUUGAGACAUAGAGAUUUCUUAAAUCAUUUGUGUACAUCAUAAACCGGGGUGCGCUGCUGAAAAGUAAUGGGUAAAAAGAUAGGACAAGAAAUGCUCAAGAAAUCGUUUUCUUUACGAUUUCUUAAGCAGUACGCACCUCAUAAGAAAUAUUAUUUCACGUCCAGAUAGCGCCGUUUUACACGCAAGUGUAUUAAAACGUCACUUUUCUGGACGGAAUAUUAAUAUCCGGCGCAAUUAUUACCACAAGAAAAAAUGACAGGUGGUUGCUUGUAUUGGAGUUGUCAAAAUUUCUUCAGUAAAUAGCAAGAUUUAUUCUUGAGCUGUUUUCUUUUCAGCAGCGUACCCUGUUUAAAGCUUGAAAUAGUAAUAAAUGAC